GUGUGUUUGCGUCAUCGCGCCACGCCACCACUAGAGCCCGGUUGAAGAUGGCGGCAGCCGUUCUCAGCGGGCCCUCUGCGGGCUCCGCGGCUGGGGUUCCCGGCGGGACCGGGGGUCUCUCGGCGGUGGGCUCAGGUCCCCGUCUCCGCCUGAUGCUGCUGGAGAGCGUGUCGGGGUUGCUGCAGCCGCGAACGGGGUCCGCCGUUGCUCCCGUGCAUCCCCCAGCCCGCUCGGCCCCACAUUUGCCGGGGCUCAUGUGCUUAUUGCGGCUACAUGGGACGGUGGGCGGGGCCCAGAACCUUUCUGCUGUUGGGGCGUUGGUGGGUCUCAGUAAUGCUCGUCUCGGUUCUAUCAAAACUCGAUUUGAAGGCCUGUGUCUGCUGUCGCUGCUGGUGGGGGAAAGCCCCACGGAGAUGUUCCAGCAGCACUGCGUUUCCUGGCUCCGCAGCAUCCAGCAGAUCUUGCAGUCCCAGGACCCGCCCCCCACCAUGGAGCUGGCUGUGACUGUGCUGAAGGACCUCCUCCGGUACGCGGCCCAGCUUCCUGCAGUCUUCCGGGACAUCUCCAUGAACCACCUCCCCGGCCUCCUCACCUCCCUGCUGGGUCUCAGACCGGAGUGCGAGCUCUCAGCGCUGGAAGGAAUGAAGGCCUGUAUGACCCAUUUUCCUCGGGCGUGCGGGUCUCUCAAAGGCAAGCUGGCCUCGUUUUUCCUCUCACGGGUGGAUGCCUUGAGCCCUCAACUCCAGCAGUUGGCCUGCGAGUGUUACUCCCGGCUGCCGUCUCUGGGGGCCGGCUUCUCCCAGGGCCUGAAGCACACGGACAGCUGGGAGCAGGAGCUGCGCAGCCUGCUGGCCUCUCUGCACAGCCUGCUCGGGGGCCUGUACGAGGGCGCAGAGGCAGCGCCCAUGCAGUACGAGAGCCCUGGGGCGGAAACGUUGCUGUCCCCCUCAGAAGAUGCGGACGCCCACACCCUCCUCCGGCUGCGGCAGAGGUUUUCGGGGCUGGCCCGCUGCCUGGGGCUCAUGCUCAGCUCCGAGUUCGGGGCACCAGUGACCGUCCCCGUGCAGGACAUCCUGGAUCUCAUCUGUCGGACCCUCAGUGUCAGCGCCAAGAAUGUCAGUCUGCUGGGAGACGGCCCCCUGCGCUUGCUGCUGCUGCCCUCUCUCCACCUUGAAGCCCUGGACCUGCUCUCGGCACUCAUCCUCGCGUGUGGAGCACGGCUCUUGCGCUUCGGGGCUCUGAUCAGCCGCCUGCUUCCCCAGGUCCUCAAUGCCUGGAGCAUUGGGAGGGAGAACCUCGGACCAGGCCAGGAGAGGCCCUACAGCACCGUGCGGACCAAGGUGUACGCUGUCCUGGAGCUCUGGGUGCAGGUGUGCGGGGCCUCGGCGGGGGUGCUGCAGGGGGGCGCCUCGGGGGAGGCCCUGCUCUCCCACCUGCUCAGCGACAUCUCCCCGCCAGCGGACGCCCUCAGGCUGCGCAGCCCCCGGGGGAGCCCUGACGGGGGCUUGCAGACUGGGAAGCCCAGUGCUCCCAAGAAGCUGAAGCUGGACGUGGGGGAGGCCAUGGCCCCGCCCAGCCACCGGAAAGGGGACAGCAAUGCCAACAGCGAUGUCUGUGCAGCCGCACUGAGAGGCCUCAGCCGGACCAUCCUCAUGUGCGGGCCUCUCAUCAAGGAGGAGACUCACAGGCGACUGCAUGAGCUGGUGCUCCCCCUGGUCAUGGGUGUCCAGCAGGGCGAAGCCCUCGGCAGCUCCCCGUACACCAGCUCCCACUGCCGCCGCGAGCUCUACCGCCUGCUGCUGGCCCUGCUGCUGGCACCCUCGCCUCGCUGCCCGCCGCCUCUCGCCUGCGCGCUGCGGGCCUUCUCCCUGGGCCAGCGCGAGGACAGCCUGGAGGUCUCCUCCUUCUGCUCAGAAGCCCUGGUGACCUGUGCGGCUCUGACCCACCCCCGAGUUCCUCCCCUGCAGUCUGUGGGCCCCACCUGCCCCGCCCCGGCCCCAGUCCCGCCUCCUGAGGCUCCAGCUCCCUUCAGGGCUCCAGCCUUCCACACGCCAGGCCCCCUGCCCUCCGCGGGCACCAUGCCCUCUGCAGGCCCCAUGCCCCCGGCGGGCCCCCUGCCCCCCACACGCCCUGGACCUCCAGCCACAGCCAACCACCUGGGCCUGUCUGUGCCAGGCCUGGUGUCUGUACCCCCCCGGCUCCUUCCUGGCCCUGAGAACCACCGGGCAGGCUCCAGUGAGGACGCUGUCCUGGCCCCAAGUGGCAGCCCCCCACCUACUGUCCCGCCAGAUGAGACUUUCGGGGGGCGAGUGCCCAGACCAGCCUUUGUCCACUAUGACAAGGAGGAGGCGUCCGACGUGGAAAUCUCCUUGGAGAGCGACUCUGAUGACAGCGUGGUGAUCGUGCCUGAGGGGCUGCCACCCCCGCCCCCGCCGCCCUCAGGCACCACGCCCCCGCCAGUAGCCCCCGCUGGGCCACCUGCAGCCUCCCCUCCUGUGCCCACCAAGGACGAGCCAGAAGAGCUGCCUGCAGCCCCGGGGCCGCUCCCGCCCCCUCCCCCGCCUCCUGUUCCCGGCCCGGUGACGCUGCCGCCACCCCAGCUGGUUCCGGAAGGGACUCCUGGUGGGGGAGGCCCCCCAGCCCUGGAAGAAGACCUGACAGUCAUUAACAUCAACAGCAGUGAUGAGGAGGAGGAAGAAGAGGAGGAGGAGGAGGAGGAAGAGGAGGAGGAGGACGAGGAGGAGGAUUUCGAGGAGGACGAGGAGGAGGAAGAGGAGUACUUUGAGGAGGAGGAAGAGGAGGAGGAGGAGUUUGAGGAGGAGUUUGAGGAAGAGGAAGGUGAGCUGGAGGAUGAGGAGGACGAGGAGGAGGACGAGGAGCUGGAAGAGCUGGAAGAAGUGGAGUUCGGCCCGGCAGGCGGGGAGGUGGAAGGAGGAGGGCCUGUGCCCCCAAGCCUGCCGCCUCCAGCGCUGCCCCCCGCCGAGUCUCCCAAGGGGCCUCCGGAGCCAGGACUGGAACCCGGCCUGCUGUUGGAAGUGGAGGAGCCUGGGACCGAGGAGGCGCCUGGGCCUGAGACGGCCCCCACGCUGGCCCCUGAGGUGCUCCCCUCCCAGGGGGAGAUGGAGAGGGAAGGGGGGAGCCCCCCUGCAGGGCCACCGCCUCAGGAGCUUGUGGAGGAGGAGCCCUCUGGGCCACCAACCCUGCUGGAAGAGGGGGCUGAGGGUGGGGGUGAGAAGGUAUCACCCCCACCAGAGGCGUCUGCGGCGGCGGAGGCGGAGGUGGAGGUGGCAGCUCUCCCCCCGGAAAAGGAGCAGGGUGACACCGCUGCCAUGCUGGCCGACUUCAUUGACUGCCCCCCGGACGACGAGAAGCCGCCACCUGCCUCAGAGCCUGACUCCUAGCCCCACCCCCCCCCCCUUUUCUUUUCCAAUAAAUUUACAUCCUUCAGUAGCGA